GGCACCGGCUAUUGUCAAAAACGCCAUUCCGUGGUCAACUAGAGUACGUUGCUAAGAGUCCGCACUAUUUGCUUAAUUUUUUUAAAAAAGUCCUAUCUGUGAGUGUUUUUGUUUAUUGACGUACACGACGUGUCUCUGAAGAUGAAAUUCGUAAAUCCACAACAAUUGAUUCGAUUUUUGUCAAGAUUUUCACUUUUUGUAAGAAAAAAAAAUACUUUCCUUGGAUGGAAAGUGUUGCUGGUUGUAUUUGGAUUAAAUACUUUUCUCUUUCUGUCACAAAAUAUUACUGGAAUGCAAACAAAUAGUGAUUGCGCUGAAGUAAGUUUGUCUGAUGAAAGUAGAAAGGAAUUGCAAAACAAAAUAAUUUACUCAGAAAAUGGGAUAACAGUGACUGCAGAAAAUGCUGUGCUAACAGCGAACAACUUUGACAAAAAAGUGUUUCUUACUAUCGGACUGCCUAGUUCAGAGAGGAAAAGUCAGAACUACCUCACAAGAACUUUGGAUUCUUUGCUCUAUAAUGUUAGCGCAGCUGAAGAUUUUAAAACAAAAAUCGUCAUUCUUCUUGCUGAUAUGCAGAGCAGUGUUCGAAAGCAACGUUUUCAUCAGUUAUUGUCAAGAUAUUCAAAGUACGUUGCUAAUGGUGAUAUCCACGUCAUCAAAGUGCCAAAAAAUUUCUACCCACCUUUGCGUGGCUUAUUGAAUACACUUAACGACACGGACAAUAGGAUGUACUGGCGUUCAAAGCAAGCCAUAGAUUUUGCUUUCUUGAUGCAUUAUUGCAAACAUUUCUCACCAUUUUAUCUUCAUUUGGAAGAUGACGUGAUUGCUACUAAAGACUACGACGUAUACAUGACAAAAUAUGUUAAAGAAAAAGAAGGAAAAUUUUGGUUUAAUCUUGAUUUUAGUAACCUUGGAUUCAUUGGGAAGUUAUACAGAUCUGAAACGUUAGAAAAUCAAGCAAGAUUCAUCCAACUGUUUUAUUCUGAAAUGCCUGUGGACCUCUUAAUGAAUACAUACCGAAAGAUUUUGGGACAUAAUUUGAUGGAUACAACGUAUUUCAGAAAUUUGUUUGUACACAUCGGCUAUGAAUCAACGGCUUUAUCGUGAAAAAAACCCCAGGUACGCAAGACGCAAUGUUUGUUCGAAUGUAUUCCACGAUUUAAAAAGCAAGAAGAUAUUUUUACUAUUAUCUGUAAAUACCAUAAGUUUUGUCUGAUAAUUAUAACGAUAUGAAAGAAAAUAUCAGAAUUAUGCAGGACAUAAAACGAAGUUAAAUUGUUACGUAA